UGUCCAUGUAAACAACAUCAUGGCCGGCACUGCAAGGCAAGGAGUCCUCUCUUUGGCCAGGAAAUUAGCUGGCUUGGAUGUAAAUGCAAGACGAUCAGUGUGGACGGUGGCCUCCAAAGUCUCUCCCUAUGUUUCAAACAAAGAUCAUGGGGGUGAGAAAAAGGCGGAGGUUCCUCAUGACUUUCGGGUGGUGUUCCCCGAGUUCAUACCAGACCCAAAGCCAGAGUUCAGGAACAGACUCCGAGAAAAGUUGGAGCGCCGAGACAUGCUGAAUCGCAGAAAUAUCAUGGAGAUUCCUGAGUUUUAUGUUGGCUCCAUUAUGGCUGUAACUGUCGCAGACUUUAAUGCUUCUGGCAAGACUAACCGAUUUGUGGGAAUCUGCAUCCAGAGAGGAGGGUCUGGCCUCAGGGCAUGGUUCAUCUUGAGGAAUGUCAUUGAUCAUCAAGGUGUGGAGAUUUUGUAUGAAAUGUAUUCUCCACUUCUUCAAAGUGUUGAAGUACUCAGAUUAGAAAAGCGCUUGGAUGAGGAACUCCUCUACCUACGCGAUGCUCUCCCUGAGUACUCUACAUUUCCACUAGAUAUGGAUGUGGAACCAGUGCUGGAAGGAGCCCCAGUCCCUGUAAAUCCAAUUAAGGUACAACUAAAACCACGACCUUGGCAUGAACGAUGGGAGAGAAAAAACUUGCAAGGCGUGUUAGACUUGGGACUUCCUGAACGCUUUUACAAACGUGCCAAACUGCAUGAAAAGCCUUGGGAAAAGUAUGACCUUAUGAAAGAGUACAGAGCAACUGUCCCAGAGGAGGAGCAAGCAGACAUAUUCCAUGAAAUUGCGCCGCAUUACCCACAGUUAGAAGCAUCAAGGAGACGCAUCAGGCGACGAAGGGUCCAGUCGGCACGCUCUUAAUCUAACUUCCUGAUCAUCAGUAAAUAAUACAUAUAGCUGUGUCUAUAUAUCUACAUGUAUGUAUACGUGUAUAUAUGUACAUGUAUAUUUAUAUAUGUAUAUGUGUACAUGUGUUCAUAUUUGUAUACAGAAUCAUUAUGAAAUUCAUCUGUACUUGAAUCCUCAGAUAACUUCGAAUGUGUAACUUUGCCUGAAAAGAGUAACAGAAUGUUUGAUGAUGAUCCAGGAUUAGAUUGUUUUGCGUUUUGUUUUUUAAAUAACUGAAAUGUAUUAAAAAAUAUUGUUAUGUAAAUAUGUAAAGCAUUUGUUCAUAAAUAGAUGUUUCAUCAGAAA